ACUAACAGAAAGCAUGCCGGUAGUAUUUGCAUAUCGAAACUAGAAUCGCGUUGUGUUACAGUUGCUGUGAAGUCAACUGGAUGUCCCAGAAUCGAGUAGGCUAACACCGGGUAUCAAGAUGUGGUUACACAUCUUCGUCAUAUUGUCUGUCCAUGCAACCGAUGCUUAUAACAUUUUUGCAAGAGUUGGGGAAGACCUCAGUGCAGUUUUAGAGUUUCCUUCUUCAAAUUUGUUGUAUGCCCUGAGCCCGUCUGAUGAAUACCUGUGCGUUAUAAUUCGGAACAUAACGACAAACUAUGGUGACAGGUUCAUCUAUAGCAACUCAUCUGAGGGUCGAGUGCAUCUUUCUGUAACCAGUGUGAACACAUCCGAUGCAGGUGUCUACAAUUGGACAGAAGCGUCACCAAACAAUAUUUUUGGCACAAUCUUUACAUUGUUCGUGAUAGAUACACCAACAACUCCCAUCGUGGAAGCCUAUGGCACUGCUCUUCUUUACGAGCCCUUAACCCUGAAGUGUUUAUCGAAUUCAUCGACUGUACCUGGCAAUCACAAUCUCAAAAUGACGUAUCGCUGGGAAAGGAAUGAAGAAAUGUUAGUAAGCGAUGGUGACUCAACAUUAGAGAUAAAGAACUUUACGUGGGUGAAAGAACAGACGUUUACGUGUGUCUCAAAGGAACAUGGAGUCUCUUCGCAGGAGGGUGUCAGUUCAAUCACAGCUGAACGGGCACCAAAUGAAAUCAGGCUGACUCCUAAUGAGAUACGCUUCGUGAAAGAAGAAGGAGAGUCUAUAAGUAUUAAGUGCAGGAGCAUGACUGGCUGCUUCCCACGCUGUAAAACAACAUGGACGCAUAACAGACGUGUUCUAUCCAAAAGAAACACGCUGACAAUUAAACAGCUUGUCCGCAGUGACCAGGGAAACCACACGUGUCAAAUGAAGAAUAAACGUGGACAGACGAACAAGGUUGUACAGAUUUAUGUCGAAUACGGACCGGAAGCUGCCAAUAUCCAUCAUGAGGAGAACACAACUCUAACUCCGCUUGGCUCAUCCGUCACUCUAACCUGCAAUGCUGACUGCAGACCCCCCUGCCAAUUUGACUGGUCAGUGGAUGGUAGGCGCAAGGCCUCGGGGGAAACUUUGCAUAUUAGUAAAGUUCAUCGAAACGAGACUGGCAAUUACGCAUGCAGGGCUUGGAACCCGCGUGGCGAAGCAAACGCAACAUUUCAGCUGAUCGUCAAAUAUCUUUCAGAAAUAUCAGUGGCUGCAACUGACACCACGCCAACAGCGGGUUCCAAAAUCCGUUUGACGUGCAUUGUCGACAGCUUGCCUCCGCCCAACGCCACAUGGUUGAGAGGCAAUACACUCCUGUCCAGUCGGAUGCUAUCUGUCAGUGAGGCUGUUAUUCAAGUCGACUCUUCAUCUAACACGCCGACUCACAACUACGCCUAUAGUUACUACAUUGACAAUACCAAAUGUCUUGGAAAAGUCACCUAUACCUGUGCUGUCACCAAUGGGGUUGGUUUGAAAAGGUCAAAAAACAUUGACAUCGACUUUAUGUGUGCUCCAUUUGUCAACGAACCCAAAGGAGUCGAGGCAAGUAUCUUUUACAGACCCGCCGAUAAAUCUGAUAAAAUACACUUCAACAUAACAGCCAAUCCAAAACCAACUUUCAUCUGGUCUCGAUCCCUUCAAAAUGGUAACCCGGAACACAAGACCGCAAAAAGUAUUAACAAGCUGUCCGGGUCAUCCUACCAACUGGAGCUAGUUCACCUGGACGUCCAGGAGAAAGAUGCUGGGAACUACAUCGUGAAGCUCAACAACUCCCUCGGCAAAUACGACAUCAACUACACACUAAUCGUUCAAGUACCACCGUCCCCACCCACCAACCUGACGGAGGUGAACGUCACACAGACCACCGUCACGCUGUCGUGGCUCCCAGGAUUUGACGGCCAUGCAGUCCAAACCUUCAAGAUCUCCUGUCGCCGUGGAACCAGAGAGCCGGAAACAACUGAAACGUCCUCUACCUCGUUGACGUUAUCUGAGUUAAAUAGCGACGUAACCUACUUCAUAAGGGUACAGGGAGUCAAUAUAGCUGGCGAAGGAAACUACUCAGAGGAACUCGUCGUCGCCACACUAGAGAACGGUGGUUCAAGCCAAGAUUUCACAACUGUUUUCACUGUAGUCCUCGUCGUGGCUGCCAUGGUGCUUGUGGCAGCCAUUCUAAUUUGUCUGACGUACUUGUUUCUUUGUGGACCAUGUCGCUCGAAACGACCCGUGAAAGCAACGAAAGCAACGUAUGAAGUUACUAACAAUACCGAAGAAGCUCAGGUAGAUCUUUGGGCAGCUGUUGCUACGGACCAAAAUAUGCUGGUUAGCGUUCAAAAUGUUGAGAAACCUCAAAAAGAUCCCAAAUCUGCCAAGAUGUACAUGGAAACCGUAACCUAUACUCGGCUGUCCGAAUCUGAGGCUCAGAGAGAAAGCCUGUCCUGCACCACGUUCUCCGAUGAAGCGAACUCACAACGCAGGAGCUUCAUGUACGCCGCCUUUAACGACGCCAACAGACGCGGCAGCUUGAUUCUGACCACCUAUAACGAUAGGCAUGCUAACUCCAACUUCCCCGUUAAAGGCACAAACACAGUCUUCCCCUACCCUCCUCCGACAAAUGAGGACAUUCAGGACGACUGCUUCCCGUAUCCCCCUGUGGAGUAUGAAGGGGUAGAGUACCCUCCCCCUCCCUUGGUCAAUGAAGAGGUAGAGUAUGAAGGCUUUGCGUACCCACCCCUAACGUACGGAGAUGCUGACCACGUGAACCCGACCCCCUACGUCAGUGACGCCACCCUACCGGGGAGAAGCCACAAUGCCCCUGCCCCUGAGGAACAAUGUGAAAAUUCUGAUUCUUUCGCUACAGAAGAAGAUGGCGGCAACAUUUACAUGAACAUGUGAUCUCGGCAUGUACCUCAAUGUGCAGAGUAACGUCCCUUAUCUGCCAGGACAUGCCUACGAGUGCUCACGGAAUUUUACUUUUAGGCUUACUCCCUAUAUUAAGCUGUCAAAACGAAACAAAAUAGAACUACUUAACGUUAAAUACCCGUGAAGAUCCGGGUUAGAAUUGGUCUUCAGCAACCCAUGCUUGUUUUAAGAGUCGACUUACGGGAUCGGGUGGUCAGGUUGAUCAAUGUCAUCGUAUCCAAAUUGCAUGGAUCGAUG